GAGCAAGAUUUCCUGGACGGCAAGACCGAUCCCUCCUGGAAGCUGGACCAGUUCAAGGACAACAAGCACUUCAUUGCCAACUCGACCGGGCAACGCCUCGUCUACAAAGGCGACAGCAGUUCCUUCUUCGGCUGGAUGAAGUUGGGAUUCGGCCAGCAGGCGGGCGAGUGCGAGUGGAUGGACGAGCCGGAAAAUGGUUGGGAUGAGUUUGACAAGGAGCUCAAUACUGAGAAGCUCAAUUUCACGCAAGACGCGAAGAACGCGGGGAAGGCGUACAACGGCAUUCAGUACGCGGACAAGUGGCAGUGGAUUUACCUGGACAAGUGGGACCUGCCCUGGCAUGCGGAUGAGCAGUCGGAGAAUGAGAUCAACAUGUGCGGGUUGAAGAAAGUGGCCAAAGAUGACAUUCCCCUUUACCGCAUCUUCGAGAGGAACAUGAUGAAGCGGUACAAAGACCGUGUCUUCAAUGUGAUACCCAUGGACGAGAAGGAAGAGAUCCGAAAAUGGGUUUGGCAAAACUUGCUCGGCUUCACCGAGCUAAAGCUGAAGCUGGAGUGGGUGAAGAUGCAGCACGUCAAGUUCUUCAACAAGGCCCAUACGCUGGACAUGACGGUCGCGCGUGAUUUCGAUGAAGUGCUGCUUGAGAUUGAGAAGCCUUCGGACCACGCCAACAAGGAGAUUGCCGACAUGUACAUCCUGUUGCCUCCCGGGCGCCUUCUCUUGCGCGGGGCCGCAUCUUUCUUUCGCUGA